AUGUCAACUGUCGAGGAGGUGAGACUCUUAGCUCUGCGCGGCCAAGAGCUGCCGACCGCAGACAGAGUCAAAUUAGGGUACGCAAAGCAAGCCAUCAUCCACGGCAUCCGUCACCAUCUGGCCUUUGCGCAGUCACUCGAGGUUGUUGCCGUCUGCCAGCAGCCCUCGUACCCUGCUUUCACCCGUGCGCGCCAUGCACGCCUCAUCAUGAGCAACAUUGUCCCCGACAUGGGAGACGAUGACGCUGUCUUCCCCUACUGCAUCUGGCACCCCGAAGUCGCCGCUGAGGACACCUACCGCGAGGUCGCGCGGCGGUACCCCGGCCUCAAGUAUCACGUAUCCAGGGCUUGUGCCGUGGCCGGCUACCUCACUCUCUACAAAGAGCUCCAUGUCCUUCCAGAGGUGGCUGUCGCCGAAGAGGCGCAGGCGUCGGAGCGGGGUGGCGAGAUCUUUCAGCACAUCAUGGCGCAGCCAAUGCGCUACGCCGUCAUGAAUGACUAUGAGAAUAAGCUUUACGAGCCGCCGCGCCCCGGCGCUUGUCUCAACGCCGACACAGCUAUUGCCUCUGUCCUGCAGUUCCGGAGAAUGGACCCUGAUGACCGCCUGCAAGCUUGGCCGUCAUAUUGGGAUAUCGAAGAGGACGGCUACAUCGGUGAGGAGGAGGAAGUCGGGCAUGGGAGCGAAAGGCACUUCGGUACUGUGACGGCGCGUGAGAUUGAGUUGCUCGAAAACCCGCUGCCUGUUGACCUGCCCGUGGUUAAUAAAGACGUGCUGAUCUUGAUGGCUGCUUACGAGGGCAACUUGGAUCGUUAUGCACGGCUGCAACGGCCGAGCGUCCUUCGUGGGGAAGAGGGCUGCAUCGCGCGUGGUAUCUAUCACAAUACCUCUUUUGCCAAGUGGUGCGCGACCCAAAACUUGAACCCCGCUGCAUCGAAUGCCAGGCGUACAAUGGUUAACGACCUGUCCUGGCUGACACCCAGCAUUGCGGAAGAGGAUCUUCCUUAUAUGAUCUGGUAUCCUCUGCGGCCCGACUUCAAAACUCUCUUUGAAAUAGUACGCCGCGAGCCGAGAAUGUGGGUUGCAGUCGCCCACGCCUGCAUCGCAUGCAAUUACGCAAGACUUUUUGACUUGCUUCUUUCACGUAUUACCCCUACCCGUGAGCUUUUCUGGGAGUCCGGGUACGCGUCCAACCCACACUUCAAGGAGAUGCUCGCGCCGCUUCAGGAGCAGGGCAAGCUCAAAGAGGGCAAGGGCGGCGCGGUGGCGGAGGAGGACAAGGAGCCUACCGAGACGCUCGUGAGCGGUUGGCUGUUUGUGGACAGCAUAUGGGAGAAGCACCAUCGCAAGCUGUAUGCUGGGCAUCGAGCCAACGCCGCGUCUUUGGAGCUAUAUAUGAUGGUGCCUGAGAAGAUACGGACAGAGGCGGCGGCGUCUGAAACUCUCAAUUACGCACUAUACGAGUUUGAUGAUGGUAUUGAUCGGAAGUGGGAUGAGAGUAUCUUUCAUAAGCAGCUUAAAAUUGAAGAUUAA